GUCAUUUCAGAACAUGGCUUUAUCGGGUACUCCCCAGAACUGCUACUGAACAACAUGCUGCCGGACUACAGCCCCGGGGAGUCUUUCUUCACUGUGUUUGGGGUGUUCUUCCCCGCAGCCACAGGAGUCAUGGCUGGCUUCAACAUGGGAGGAGACCUGAGGGAGCCUGCUGCCAGCAUACCCCUUGGCUCCCUGGCAGCUGUGGGCAUCUCGUGGUUUCUGUACAUCAUCUUCGCCUUCCUGCUUGGCGCCAUCUGCACCCGCGACGCCCUCCGCUCUGACUUCCUGAUAGCUGAAAAGGUGUCUCUGGUCGGCUUCCUCUUCCUGUUGGGCUUGUACAUCUCAUCGCUGGCUUCCUGUAUGGGGGGACUCUAUGGAGCCCCCCGGAUCCUGCAGUGCAUCGCCCAGGAGAAAGUGAUUCCUGCACUCGGCUUUCUGGGGAAAGGGAAAGGGCCAAAUAAAACGCCUGUAGCAGCCAUCUGCCUGACCAGCUUCGUGACCAUGGCCUUUGUCCUUGUGGGUCAGGUGAAUGUUCUGGCACCCGUUGUCACCAUUGACUUCAUGUUGACCUACAUCGCAGUGGACUACGCUUACUUUGCCCUCUCCAUGGCUCACUGCAGCCUCCCUCAGUCUCCUGAGCUGGUGCCCAAGGAAGGCCAGCAUGCUCUGCACUGCUCCGAGCACCUGCUCCAGGACAAGGCCCCCAACUAUGGCUCUGACACUCCUGCCAGAAGCUGCCCUGAAGGCACCCUGUUAGAGUUCACCAAGGACAUGGAUCAGCUCCUCCAGCCAAUAGGGGGCCUUGAGAGUAGCCAGCUUGGGCCAAGAGAGGGUGACCAGACCCCAAAGAGGCAGAAGAGCAAGUGCAAGAAAGGCGCCAAGCGAACCCUACAAGAUAGCUUCCUCUUGGACCCCGGGUCUCCUUUGUCGUUUUCUACGGAGGCCCCUGACAGGUUGUCCGCUGCCUCCUGCAAGGAGCAAGACUUCUGUCAGAACCAGCAGAUGGCUAGGAGGAAGUCACGUGACCCACUUGAUCCUGACCUGUGCACCCAGCCUAGAGUGAUUGGAGAAGAUUUCUUUCCGAAAUGCAGACUUCAGGAGCAAGAGGUCCAGAGGAGACCAAGUGCUUUCUAUACUCGCAUGUGUAACCCCUGGGUGUCCCUGUUAGGGGCUAUUGCGUCCCUUCUCAUCAUGUUUGUGAUCCAGUGGGCCUAUACCCUGUUUAGCAUGGGUGUUGCUGCCAUUGUGUAUUUCUACAUUGGCCAGGCCAAUCCAGGUCUUUACCUUGGGUCAGCUUCAAGCUUCAGCCUUUUCCGAUGCGUGAAGUCCUUCCUGGUCCCCUCCUGCAGGUUUGUGCCCACUGGGAUGGUAUGAGGAGGGGUGCGUGUCCCAGAGUCUUGGGAGGUACUGAGAAGUCUUGCUCCUGGCUAUGCUUGGGUCUGCACUGGGGUGUGGGACCUGACAAUGGAGAUGCCCUGAGAGGUUGGCACUUGCCCAUCACUGCUCCAGCACACUCAC